AUGUUUAUCAAGUUUCUGAAACGAGAUCAAACUCCAGUAGAAUGUAUUGCUUGCGGGGAUAAGGUCCCAGCGAAGCAAAGUAUCCGUGCGCCAUGUGCUCAUCACUAUUGCCGGGGAUGCAUAGUCAAUUUCGCCAAGGCGUCCAUGAAAGACGAAACUCUGUAUCCCUUGCAGUGUUGCCAGAUCCGAAUGCCAGCAAAGAAAGUCGAUCGACAAUUACCCAAACCACUGCAGUCGCAAUUCCGUGCCAAAACUGUGGAAUAUUCUGUCCCACCGGCUACACGAGUGUACUGCGCAAAUCAGAAAUGCUCUGCGUUCUUGUGCUCCUCAGAUACUCGGAGUCGCAAGGGGAACAUGUCCUGUCGUGUGUGUGGCACCACAAUAUGUCUCGCAUGCAAGAAUAGGAAACAUUUGGGAGAAGAAUGCUUAGAGGCAGGACUGCAAAGAGACUUGAAGACGCUCGUAGACGAUAAAAAUUGGCAGUCGUGUCCUGGAUGCCGGGCGAUCGUCGAACGUACAGAUGGUUGUAGCCAUAUUACGUGUCGCUGCUCCACCCACUUCUGCUAUCGAUGUGGAGCUCGCUGGCGAAAAUGCUUUUGCCACAGAGACUCGGGGGAUCACUGA